CGGUUAGAGAUGGGCUAAUAUGGUUGCUUGGAGGCCCAAAUUUGAGGCCUCGCAGCGCGCGGCGGGGUUUAUUCAAAAUCUAAAACCCUAGAGAGCUCCACCCAUGUCGAUCUUUCUGAGACGCGCGCUGUCAUACCGGAACGUCUUUCUCCUCCGUAGCUCCCAGCUGCUCAGUCGCAAUCUCCGUCAAUGCAACCCCGAGCCACCGCACAGGGUUCUCUCUCUUCCGGGCCUUGAAUUCUUCAGAGAAAGCCGCAGAGGCUUCGCCAAAGGCCGCAAUCAAGAAAAAGAAAAGGAAGAGGAAUCGGCUUCGAGUACAGUUGAAAUUUUGCCAAACAUGGGGCCAACGAUCAAGGCGAACGCCACCUCGCAUAUGGAGGCGGCGAUCGCAGCAUUAACCUCCGAAUUAAGCAAACUGCGUACCGGAAGAGCAGCUCCGGGAAUGCUUGAUCACAUCAUUGUGGAAACCGGCGGUGUGAAGUUGCCCUUGCAUCAGAUAGCCGCUGUUUCGGUCAUUGAUUCAAAAACUUUAUCACUGUAGUGGAUGGGGACCGACUGGUUGGUUGCAGCUAUUCCCCCAUUGACGAAAGAGCAUGUUCGGGUGACUUACAACUGCUUUUCCCGUCGUUGUUUUUGUUGUUCUUGAUAAUUACCAUAUCUUAUCAGUGAACGUAUCCUACCAGGCUAUCUGUAAAGUGGUUACCAAGUCCUCUGAAGAUGGCAAGCAGAGUAUUCGAAGAGCUCGCCAAAAGGUUGAUGAGUUGACUAAAAAGCUUGUCAAGACAGCAGAGGAGUUAUGCAAGGCAAAGGAGAAGGAGAUCAGUUCAGGCUAAAAGGUGGUGUUUUCG